GGCGGUGGUGGUGGUGGGGGGGGAGCCGCCUCCGCCGCCGGGCAGUACCGGGUGUGCGGGAACUGCCGCAAGGUGCCCAGACAGCUGAUACUUGGUGCUGGGCUCUGAGCUCAGCUUGCGAGAAAUGCAGUGGAUCAGAGAAGUGCACAUCAGCAGCGCCUGCCUCUUAACCGUUUCCUUCCAGCAUCCCGUCCCUCCUCGGCGGCAGCUCGCUGCUGCGUUCAGGGGGAACGAGUGCUUAAAAAGAGAGUUCUCCGGGGUUAAAGCCUGAAACAGCUUCAGACUUGACAUACGUCUGAAGACACACAAAUUAUCCGGUGCCAAAUGUGUCUGUGGAGAGAGCAGGGAGGGAGCGGGCUUUGUUCUGCCAAAUAAUCAGAAUGUUUUGUUGACAAAUAAACUGGUGCUUGGCAGCGCUUCUAUACCUAAAAUUAAAUUUAAAUUAUUGAGUUGGUCUUUUUUUUUUUUUUUUUUUGAAGCUGUAGCCUCAUCGUGCUGGGGAGGUCCUUUUAUACCGCUUUAGCAUUGGGGUGGGGGGGCAGGAUUAGGUUUUACUUCCCUGCUAAUAGGAAACUUUCUCAGAUUAGAUGUGGUUUUUAGCUAUUUAGGGGGGAUGGUGGUUGUAUGGUAAAGCAGAGGAGCCCAGAUGGGUCUCUUGAAGGCAACUCACUGCUGUCCUGGUUUGUCUAUGGUCCGUUGAACUACUUCUGUUGCAAAAUUGUGGAAAGAGAAGAGAAACCUAACAGCAGCCCAUGAAACCCAGCCGAUCUCUUGUAGGUGUUUUGUGCUUGCACUCGGGCAUCGUUGCAUCUGUUUUUCCUAGGCUGGGCAAUAAACAGAAGUAUAAAGCUGCUGGCUCCAUCUGUAGUCAUUUAAAAGUCGGGCUAAUGAAAUCAGUGUAAAUUUUAACCUUUUGCACUUCACUGGCAAGCAAACAAGUAGAAAACGGGGCGGGGGGGGGGGGGGGGGGGUAGGCUUGGUGGAAGUGAGACGUGAGUGCGACCUGAGUCUCCGAGUAAUAAUCUUCAGAUAAGUGCUGCCUCAUCUGUUCUUUUGAUGGCUUUUUUUUUUUUUUUUAAUGCUCAUGUGAUAAUACGCUGGGAGAAUGAUUGGUCUUCAAACGUGCUGAAUCUCUUCUGCCCUCCUCAGUCUUAAGGCUUGAGCUGAAGGCACUCGAAUGCUUGCAGCGUCGGCAGCGCUGUUGGCAAAUGUCGCAGGGGGCAAAACAAGGCUGCUGCUCCCUGCCCUGUAACGAAACUGGAAAUAGCCUAGCAGAUUUGGGAUGCUCACAGGCGAAGGAAAAAAGAGUCCAAGUUUCUCCACCGUUAACAAGAGGACCAAGUGCCUUUAUACCAGAGAACGAAGUUAUGCAAGCAAAUGGUUUGGAUGAACGUACUAAUCUUCUUGUGGAAGAAUACUCUACAUCUGGUCGCCUGGACAACAUCACGCAAGUCAUGAGUAUCCAUACUCAGUACCUGGAGUCUUUCCUCCGCAGCCAGUUCUACAUGUUGCGCAUGGAUGGGCCCCUUCCUUUGCCCUAUAGGCACUACAUUGCUAUAAUGGCAGCUGCCAGACAUCAGUGUUCCUACCUAAUAAAUAUGCACGUUGAUGAGUUUUUGAAGACUGGCGGGAUUGCAGAAUGGUUGAACGGUUUAGAAUACAUUCCCCAAAGACUGAAAAAUCUGAACGAAAUAAACAAACUCCUUGCACACCGACCCUGGCUGAUCACAAAAGAGCACAUUCAGAAACUUGUCAAGACUGGGGAAAAUAAUUGGUCUCUUCCUGAACUGGUGCAUGCUGUUGUCCUGUUGGCACAUUAUCAUGCCUUGGCAAGUUUUGUAUUUGGUAGUGGCAUUAAUCCAGAGAGAGAUCCGGAUACAUCUAAUGGAGUCAGACUUAUAGCAGUCAACAACUUCUGUGUCUGUGAUCUUGCCAAUGACAACAACAUAGAAAAUGCAUCCCUCACAAGUAGCAACUUUGGGAAUGUCAUGGUGUUUUUGCAGAUUGCCGAUUCUUUAAGUGAGCUGGAGGCCUUAAUGGAGAGGAUGAAGAGGCUACAAGAAGAUAAAGAGGAUGAAGAAGCCUCUCAGGAAGAAAUGGACACUCGCUUUGAGAAGGAAAAGAAGGAGAGCCUGCUAGUAAUUAGUGGAGCAUUUGACGAUGAAAUAGUUUCCACAGAUGUCUCCCGCUAUAUUGAAGAUCCUGGGUUUGGGUACAAAGACUUCGCAAGGCGAGGAGAAGACCAUCUGCCAACAUUCAGAGCUCAGGACUAUACUUGGGAAAAUCAUGGCUUUUCCCUUGUAAACAGGCUUUAUUCUGAUAUUGGGCAUCUCCUCGAUGAGAAGUUUCGGAUGGUGUAUAACCUCACGUAUAACACUAUGGCAACACAUGAAGAUGUUGAUACAACUACUCUUAGAAGAGCUUUAUUUAACUAUGUCCACUGUAUGUACGGAAUCAGGUAUGAUGACUAUGAUUAUGGAGAAGUUAAUCAGCUACUUGAACGCAGCCUGAAGGUUUACAUAAAGACAGUGACCUGCUACCCGGAGAGAACUACCAAGCGCAUGUACGAUAGUUACUGGCGUCAGUUCAAGCACUCGGAGAAGGUUCACGUAAAUCUACUUCUAAUGGAAGCUCGUAUGCAAGCAGAACUUCUGUAUGCCCUUCGUGCCAUAACUCGUCACUUAACCUGAAGCAGUCACUGGGAGGGAGUAAAGGAAUUUUACCGAGUAUGUAAAGACCUUUUGAAAUAGAUACACGCCAGAAGCUGUUUGUGAUGUAGCAUCAGGUUAUUCAAAUUCUCUAGUGUCAAAGUUUAGCCGUGUUUCUCGACGGCUGUAAUGUGCAAUGACGUGUUUUAUUUUCUUGAUGCUUAACAUUACUAAUGAUAACAAAAGUAACACUGAGGAGCACUACUCUGCAUUGUUUCCGGUUGGAUUUCUGCACAGUGGUCAGAAUCCUAAAACUCUUUUUAUUAUAUUCGAUUCUAGCGCUUUGUUCUUUAAGCACCGGAGUGAAGUGCUUAGAGACUUCUUUUCCAAGCAAUCAUUUUUCAGAUUAGUGGAGUCCACCAGAAGAUCGGUUCUGCCUGUUCCGAGAACGUACCACCAUGUCAUAACUCUGACAGAGACGCACACGCUGUGUUGCAUUGAAUUGCCCACUGGAUUCUUCUGUGUCUCCUGGAGACUGCUUGCCAGUCACUGUCUUACUACAGCAAUUGAAGGUGAUGUGAAAUGUGGAUGCAAACAUUGACCACACUUUAAUGUGAAAUUAAUCGUGACAAAUUCUACAGCAUGCUACUGAAGUGCAAAAUUCAUCUGCUUUAUGAUGCCUCUUCCCAAGAGAAGAGCCCUCACAAUUUGCCAUUUCAGCUACACUUACCGUGUCUCAAUCAUGCAUAAUCUUGUUUUACCGACAGUCACCCUCAGUUGUCUUUACAAUAUCCAUGCUCAUCCCAUGUUGCAGUUUGUUUAGUUGGCACCUAUAAAGUUGAUACACAGGCUGACCAAAAAUAGGGUUGUGGGUUUUUUGCACUCUCUUCUUUCUCGAUGUUCUAAGUAAGGAAAGUAAAGGAAGGCUAGCAUAUCUGUUCUUUCAUAUUGGAUGUGCAGAAAUUUAUUUCCCAUAACUUCUUCAUAGCAUGAAGUCUUAAUAUUCAAAGUUUAAAAGUUUCUAUGCAUUAGUGUGGGUGAACAAAAGAAAAGUGCAAUAUUUAAAAAGAAAGCAAGCUUUUUUCCCUAUUGUGUCACUGCUAAAGUGUCCUUUUUAUAUAGCCAUAAAGAAAUUUUGAAACCAAAUUUCUUUAUUGUCUAAGGCCUAGCAGUUUUGUUUUAGUUUUUAUGGCUUAAGACAACCUGAUACUGAGAUGCCAAAGCAUCCCCAAAACAAAGCAUUCUUGGACAACUGGUAAUAUUGGGGAAGGGAAGAAAUAAGCUGCCAAAAAUGUCACACUUUUGUGCUGUUUUCUGUUGCUUUUGACUAAUUUUAAGAGCACAAAAUGUUGAUAUUUAUAGCUUUAUUUUGUAUUGCAUUUAAUGAACCAGUGAAGUGCCUAAAGAGAUGCUUAAGCUUACCCAGAAGGAUGCAAGUUGUCACUGCUUAAACUUUUGUCUGUUGGUUUGGACCUUUCGUAGUGCUUUGAGGAGGGUGGCCUUUGUUUCUGUUGCAUACGUGCAAAACUAACUGGAUAGGUUUAUUUUUAAUAUUCCAUUGGAUUGUAGAAGAUAAUACAAGAUUUUUUUCCAUUGAUGAUUUCAGAAUAGUUUUUGGAAAAUGGUAAUAUUACCAGUCAUACUUUAACACUUUCCAUUGGCAAAAUCAUGGACCACUAUGCUUUAAGUUAGUUUUCUUGCCUUUUCCUGAUACUUUGCUGUGACUUCGCAUGUUGGAUUUUUCGCUUAAUCUGUCUGUUCCAGAUUGGAAAGCUAAAUGAUUGUACACUUCUCUGCACUUUCAGACUGCAGAUUCUGCAUGUGAAAAACCUUUGAGGAAAAAUCAUUAAUUUUUCUUUAAUUUAAUGUAAUGUUGGCUACUUGGAAAAGUACCCUCUAGACAGCAUCAGACUGUCUUCUAGAGAGAGCACGGGGUAAAACAUCAGAUUUAUUUAUCUUCAAUAGCUAACUGCAAAGAUUUCUCAGAAGUGUUGAGACACUGAUACGUGUGAACUUAGAUUAACUUUCUAAGUUGUUAUAGUUCUUUUUCCUCCCUGUUGUAAAUGUAGUGGCCAUACCGAUUGGUUUUUGUGCAUAAAACAGUUCUGCUGAGAGGACUUUUCAUGCAAUACUUUUGCUUUUUUUUCAAGUGGUGGGAACCGUACAGUACUACUUUAAAUUCCUUUGCUUUGAGAAGUCAAGUAGUUCUCAAGAAGCACAGCUGAGCUCUGGAAAGGAGGUGAAACUAGAUUUGGGUAACUAAUAGGACCACUUAGUUUCCCUUCAGAAAUGCAAAGACUCUUAGAAUAGGUUGAGUUUUAUGUUUGGAAACAUGAGUGCCUUUACUUCUUUCCUUAUGAAAUAUACUUGCCAGCUCAAAUGCCUUCAGAGCAAAGUACACGAGCAGAUUUGAAAUACAGAAACCAUAAAUGGAUUGCUUCAUAAAAUUUGUAGUAAAUCAGUAAUUUUUUUUUUAAAGGUGCCAUAUCAAGUCACAUAUGGCCUGCAAGACAUUCCACCAUAGGAAAUGUCAUUGUGCAAGUAGUUUGCUAUUACUUUUUUUUUCCUUUAAUAUUAAAUGCAAACUUGAAACUUUUGGAGAUAUUUUCCAUGUGGCAUUUUUUUUUCAAAGUAUUGCAUUUACAGUGUAACAAUUUAUAGCCUAGUUUUUAUACUCAAAUUUAUGAUUUUUACUAGAUGUUUGUUCAGAAUAGGUCUUUAAAGUCAUACAGCUAUACCAUAUGCUUUAUGCACGCUUUAGGCUCACGCUGUGCCAAAUGGUAAUGUGCAAGUGUUCUUGGAAUUUUUACAUUUUUAAAGCACUCAUGAAUGUGAAUCUUCACACUUUGAUCAUUAAUUUUAUCCUGAAGAGUACCGUAGUCAUUGGAAGCGUAGAUACUCUCCCUCUGUUUUCCUUUAUUGGAAUUGAUAUUUACCAGCAUCAAUGUUAGUCCACAAAAUCCCAGCUGUGACCAACACACAAACAAAGUGUGCAGUCUCCUGUCUACUGACGAGAAAGCUUGUUAGGUACAAAUUAAUUAGCUAGCACAGGAAAUGCUGUAAGUAGGGAACAGAGCUUUGAGCAGGGACAGCUUCUUAUCACUGCAGAAUCACUGUAAAAUGUGUGUUCUGAUAGUGUGUAUUCUCGCUGUAUGGAAAUCGCUCCAUUUUUUUAGUAAUGAAGAGAAGUGAAAAAGAUACCAGUUGGAGAAAGCAUUUGCAUUUCCCAGAAUACUCCGCCUGCAGCUGAUAAUCACAGGAGUGUCAUCACGUUGGAACAGAAACCAUUUUGAACUAAGGUAGAAUUUGUACGCUUAGCUACUAAAACUAGCGUUGAGGUACCCUAUGAGAAUUUGGGUAAGCUGUAGAUGGGUUUGUAUUUAACUGUUCAUAAGACUGAACUGAAACAUGCAUACUUUGUCCCAAAAACUUCAUUAAAAUGAAAAGGGUGUACUUUCAGCUUUAAGAACUAGCAAAUUGCCACAUCAGCUCUUCCUAUGCAUUAAAGAAAUCUUAAAGCACAGGAAAAUCCAUGAUUAUAAACAAUUAGAAACCUAGUAGGCCUCUGUAUAAAUUUAGAACAGAUUAGAACAGAACAAAAAGGAAAACAUUUUGCUUCUCUCUUACUUGAGUGCAGAAGGUCAAAGCACCAGAUUCUUCAAUAGUAUUUUUGUUCGUAGCAAUGCUGAUAGAUGCUUUCAUGGGAUUUGGGAAAAGCAGUUAGUUGCCUGAAUUUCAAUGGGAAUUUAAUCAGCUAGGCAUUCAGCAAAACCCUACAAGGUGCCCACUUGCAUUUUUGAGUCAGAUUUUUAAAGAUACUUAAUCACCUAAAUUCAAUAGAAUAAAAGCAGUUUCCAUAGAGAUUAAAGGAAUAAUAUGUAGCAGAUCCAUGUGAUUUGCAGCGAUUGUUAAUGAAAUGGGUUGUUUGGGGGACUUAAUAUAGACUCGGAGAAAUCUUUUGAAAAGAGGUUAAACUGUAAGCUGCUGCUCUUGCAGAACAGGUUCUCGAUGUUUCUCAUGCAUGUGUGUUUUCCAUGCACAUUGACAUGCAUUUCAGGCUCCUAUUCCAGAGUUCGGGCUCCCUUUUAGAAGAACUGGAUUAUUUAACCUCUGCUGGCAGAAAAGAUUUAUUGGGAUUAGCAAGUGGAUAGCUUGUGCCAGGACGAAAGUUUUGGCCAGACGGAUAUAUUCCAAAUCUUCUUGAUUAAAACUGAUUUUUUUUUCAGAUAUUUUCCUUAGGCGUUCAGAUCCUUGUCCUAUAAAUAAGAGGUGAUGUUGCACAAAAGGGUUUGGGGGGUGGGGGGAAUUCAUAGUAAAUGAACUUUCCCAGAACUGCUCUGAAUAUAAAGCUGCUAGAAUUGGCUUGCCGUUAACUAUCAUUCCAAGAGCUGGACAAAAAUGUCAGUUUUCCCCAUCUGAACUUCAGAUUUAUUCUCCCUAAUGUCCCCGGCACGUGUGAUUGUCUAAAGAGAUGCACCCGCCAGCUUUUUCACAUUGGGAAAUUAUAAGUGAAGCUUUUUAUUUCCAAUCGAGAACGAAUUUGACAUUUCAUACCUACUGCAUAGUUCAUGGGUGUGGGACAUGAAAGGAGCAAAGCAGCACAAGGAAACUUCAGGGGCAUCUUGAACAGUGUUAAUUUCUCUCUUAGAGCAAGUUUUCUUGCCACGCAGUCAUGCAGCUGCUCUCUAAACACACAUCAGGCCUCUCUUGCAGACAUUUAACCCUUCUGCUGCUCGCUAGGGGCCAAAACUGUCAUUGUCCAGCCUGCCACCCCACAUCACGCACUGCCUGUCAUCCCAGCUCACAACCCUAGCAGUCUUGCAGAGGCAGCCUCUUCACCAUAACCUCCUAAAACAGUGUUAAGUUCCUAGAUUACCAUUCGUUACUGAGCUCAGAGAAUCUUUCUCCUGUUCAGAAACACUUAAUUCCAGUAUUGGGUUAUUUCUGGGCAGGAAAAUGCUAAAUCUGGUGUAAAGUAUGACACUUAGUACUUACUUAAAACAUUUAAGUAGCGAUUGCUAGUAGCGUGUCAUGUUCCAUCGCUGGAAUUACAGUAAUAAUCCAGUGGAUCCACUAACAAAAUGCUUUCUUUGGCAACACUCCCCUUGCUUGAGCCUUUUAGCUGUGCAGGCUUCUUACAGGGAAUUGUAGUGGGGAAUUUCGAGACCCUCAUGUGCAGAGUGGGUGGGAGAAGGGCAGGAGCCCACAGGGUCAUUUUUUUGGGGCUGCUCCUCGGGUUCCCUGUAGUCAGACAGCCUUCCGAACAAAUGGGUUUGGUUUUUCAUGUAUUCAGGGGAUAACUCCAAAGGCAAACUUCGUGGUUGCUUGAGACGUAGACACAUUUGGGUGUUCAGCAGAGCUCGUGGAAAGCAGGGAUCUGAAUUCUGCCCUUGUUCUCGGCCAUAGUUAGAGCCAGUAUUUAAGACGCCGAUGAAUAUACUGAAAGUGGGCAGCAACUUGUGCAGUAAGCAGCAGGAGAAGACAACGGGCUUUCUCGGGGGGACGCAACCAGCGUAGGGGGGAGUUGGCAUUUUGGCCGGUUGGAGAAGCUGCACUGUUGUGUCCCAAAGGUCCUUGUGCACGUCUGUGUGUAGGGGAGGCGGUAGGGAACACCUGCACCCAAGAUUUCCUCAAAGAUGAAACCCCAAGCUGCUCUGGAAAGCUUCCCUUUUCUUACUCCGGGGACGGAGGAGGGGAAGGGGGCCUUCCCCUUGCAGCUGCGUAAAGCAUGCUGCCGUUGAAGCACGUUGUCUCCUCCACCAGCUCUUUGAAGGGGAUUUUCAGGCAGAAGGGGUGAAUUCCCAGCUGUCCCAGCCGAGGGGCCGGGGGGACAGUGCCAGCAGACACACGCCACCGAAAGCGUGUUCCUCAUUUGCCACUCCAUGCUCAUGUUGUGCCGCCAGAUGCAAACCAGCCUUCCUUUUCGCUUCCCUCCCUGUCCACCUGCGAGGUGAGCGGCGGCCCCGCCAGCACCCGAGGCAAAGAAACGUUCCUGUAGGGAAACAAAAAUAAUUAGGCUACAGCCCUUGGACUCUGCAGCCACCAAUAUUUCACGACUAUUGGCCGGAACUGGAUAUAAACGGUAGCUUAAAGAAAAAAUAGGAAUUUUGUAAACUUGAAAUCUCUCAGUUUUACCCUUUUGCUGGAAAGCUACGUAAUGAAUGUAUACGCUUCAUCUUUCUGACAUAACUGAAAAUCAGACUGCCAACUUCUUGUUUUGUAUUAGCCUUUUUUCUUAAAAAAAAAAAAAAAAGAAAAAAGUUUGUGAGCAAUAUAUGUAGCAUGCUGUGAACGUCUGUUUUGAUCUUUAUAGUUACUCUUUAAUUCAUCAGUAUUAACACCAGUUCUUUUUUGUGUUUCCCUUGGUACUUUGUAUGCAGUGUAAUCAGAAGCUGUGAUGGGCUUUGCAGUCCCGUGCUUUGUUACUGUAACUCCUUGAUUUCUAUGAAGCACCUGACUGAGGGCCACCGUGGGCAGGCAGUGCGGCCGUACACGACUGCCACUUUUCAAUCUCUUGUACUAUGUAUAGUUUUAAGUAGAAUAAGCUUUUUAACAGAAUAUUGAUGCAGUUUAUGAUUCACACAGGCUGCAAGCGUCUGGUGAGUGAGAGUCUUUGUAUUUAUAGUUGUUGGGUUUUCUGUUUUUGGUUUUGUUUUUUUCCGUUUUUUUGGUUUUGUUUUUACUUCAUAAAGUAGCAAACUUGAUAAACAUAGCCACUUUAAACCGCUCUUGCUAAACAGACCCUGCUGUAGAUAAAAUACCACUGUAGGUACGGGGAGGAGGGCUGGCAGCGCGGGCAGCCCUGACAUGUCCGCCGUCCGCCUCCAGCGCUGCCCGGGCCCUGGUGCGAAGCAUUGCGACCUCCUCGCCUCUGUGCAUGUGUGCUGCCCUCUGACACAUACACACACACACACAUGGGUGCACACGCAGAAACACCAGCUUCACCUGAGCCUUGCUGGCGAGGAGAGGCAGGCAGACAGGCACCCAGCACUUGGAUGGCGGGCACAGUGUGUCUGCGGCCCGUGGCUUCCAGGCCUCCCUCACGUACCCAAAUUAGCCUGAUUUGACGUCCACAAAACCUGGCUCGUUAGGGGUAGGAGUUCGUGGCUUCUCCAAAGACAGUCGUGGGUCUGAGCCUCCUGUCGGGACGUGCCCACCGCCCCAGGAUUGCAGCUCUCGCCCUCUGCAGAGGGAAUAAAUCGGACCACGGCCCAGUGCGGCCUGGCCACUGCCACCUUUGUCCCCUUUGCUGCAGGGGCAUUUCAGGACGGAGGAGGAAAGACAGAGCUCUGAUCCUGCUGCUCCCUCCCACGUGUCCCCUGCGGCUCUGCUCGCUGCCAGGCGAGGGUGGCACAGGGACACGUCACCCACGCUGUCCUGUGGGCCACCGCCUGCCCUCAGCCACGGGGACAGCUCGCAGGGUCCGUGCUUUCGUGGGAGGUUUGCCUGCAGCAAGGCAGCUGCUAGGAGUUAACUGUGGGUGUCCACAGCAGCUUUCACCAUUUGUUUUUUUUCUGUUGAUGGCUGAUUGGUAUUUUUUUCUUUUUUUUUUCUUUUUUUUUUUUUGCAGAGAACAGACUGACCUAGUGGGAUGGAUCUCUUUAUUUUGUGUGUGACUUUUUUUUUUUUCUAGUUUUUAAGUUACCCGACUUGAAUUUAUCUGAACAGAUGCAGAAGGAACUUUUUUUUUGUGAGUUAAGAGACAAAAACGCAUUUUUAAACAAAGGAAUCGUGUAUUAACAUUUUAACAGCAAUUCAUAAAUCUGCACUUUUUAUGAGGUUUUGAAAAAUCUAUUUAUAGGUACGGAACAAUGGGGUUUGUUUAAAACUGUAUCGCAUUUAUACUUGCUGAAAUUACUUUCAUUGUUAUCAGUAGAAAUUUCAUUGGUUAAAUAAAACUGAUAAAACAUG